CCUAAAAUCGUGUGAGUUGUCAGAAUCAGAUAUAGAGAAGAAGCAAGGCCGAAAAAGAAAACAGAAGAUUCAUAGAAGAGGAGGAAGAUCGGAGAGAUGGAAAAUCCAUACUCGGUGAACAGCCCAAGGAGGACGCUGAGCUUCUCGAAGCAGCGCAGAGCAACCGUUUCCUUCUUUGAUGACAAAACCUGCGCCGGCGAGCAUGGCCCUAAGCCUUCUGAAGUCUAUGGCUUCGUCGGUUCCAUCACCACCGUUGCCGCCGCAGUUAUCUUCCUUGUGUGGGCUUAUGUUCCUGAAUCAUGGCUACAUUCUGUUGGCAUUUAUUACUAUCCUAGCAGGUAUUGGGCUCUGGCAGUACCAACUUACAUGAUGGUGACCAUUGCACUGAUGCUGGUAUUCUACAUUGGUCUUAACUUCAUUUCAACACCUUCCCCUGCAUCUAUAUACACAGUUUAUGAUGAAUGCAGUAGGGAUCCUUUGAGUCCUGAUUCUUCUAUGGAAGGAGAUGAGAAACCCAUUGAACCUAUAUCAGAUAUUGGUUUAGACAAAAUCAAUGAUAUCAUGUUCAAUGCCACAACCUAACAACAAAACCUGUCAACAAUCCAGCGCCGGCAAUUCAAUGUUAUAGCUGUUAGUUGAUCUUGCAAAACAAUGACUGAAAUCAACUUCAAUGUAGAAUUUAUUCUUUUAUUUUUUGUCUUAUGCUUGCAUUUUCUGUAAGUUUUGAUGUAAGCCUUGCUAACUGGUCAUCUGUGAGCGAAUUGUAAGAUGAUCAAUUUCUUUGUUGGGUGUUAAUAGUAUAUAUACAGAUUAAAUUGAAUUUC